UUCUCUGCAGCUCAGACUCUGCACUAGUGCACUAAUCACAGCUGGAUUCCUCAUCGCUGUAUUCAUCAUUGUUUUUUAUACUUUUUUUCAUUUCAGUUUUUCAUUUUCAUUGAAUGAAGCCUGUUUGGCGCAGAGCAGCUCAAAUGGUCUUUGGAUCGAGAUGAUUUGUUUCUGCAAGAUGAAACGAUGGAGACUCCGAACUUUAUUUCGGUUGCUUCUGUGCAUCAGUGUUUUGCCAACCUGUUGGUGUGCAAACGGGAUAUAUGCUCAGAAGCUCCUGAAAGAUUUAUUCGCCAACUAUACGAGUGCGCUGAGGCCUGUGGAGGACACGGACAACAUCCUGAAUGUGACCCUGCAGGUUACGCUGUCGCAAAUUAUCGACAUGGAUGAGCGAAACCAAAUUUUGACUGCAUAUUUAUGGAUACGACAAGUGUGGGUUGACGCACACCUCAAAUGGAAUAAAGAUGAUUACGAUGGACUCGAUACCAUCCGCAUACCUAGUAGUUAUGUAUGGAGACCUGAUAUAGUCCUAUAUAACAAUGCAGACAAUCAUUUCACUGGCCCCAUGGACACCAAUGUGGUGAUCCGACACAAUGGGGAGAUCAUGUGGGAUUCCCCCGCUAUCACCAAGAGCUCUUGCAAAGUGGACGUGUCUUUCUUCCCCUUCGAUGCUCAGCAGUGCAGGUUCACGUACGGCUCCUGGACCUACAACGGGAACCAGCUGGACAUCCUGAACGCCAUGGAGAGCGCGGACCUGGCUGACCUGGUGGACAACGUGGAAUGGGAGGUGCAGGGCAUGCCGGCCAAGAAGAACAUUAUCCAGUACGGCUGCUGCGCUGACCCUUACCCGGACGUGACCUACACACUGAAACUGAAGAGAAGAGCUGCCUUUUACGUCUUCAACUUGCUCAUACCGUGCGUGAUGAUCUCUUUCCUGGCUCCACUGGGCUUCUACCUGCCGGCUGACUCUGGAGAGAAGGUGUCUCUGGGGGUCACCGUGAUGCUGGCCCUCACUGUCUUCCAGCUGCUGGUUGCAGAGAUCAUGCCGCCAUCUGAGAACGUACCUCUUAUUGGAAAAUAUUACAUCUCAACCAUGACCAUGAUCACGGCCUCCACUGCCCUGACCAUCUUCAUCAUGAACAUCCACCACUGUGGCCCCGAUGCAAAGCCCGUUCCCAAGUGGGCCAAGACAGUCAUCCUGCAGUACAUGGCCAGAAUGUUCUUUGUUUAUGAAGUCGGAGAGAACUGCAUGUCGCCACAACCAGAGAAGCAGGAGCUUCCUCUGGGGACAAACACCGACUGCACCAUGAACGGUCAGGCAGGAGCAGGCCGAGAGGACUGUGCCUUCAAAAUGGAGCGAGCACAAGAGACAGAGAACGCAGAGGAGAGGGAGGACAUCGAUCAGAUGAUGAGUCCCAUGGGCUCAAUGGGGAAGAACCCAACAAACCACUACAGUGCUUGGAAAAACGGUAUUUUCAUGAGCAUGGACUGCGGAGAUGCGGCGGGUCCGAGGAGAUGCAGGAAACCAGGUGUUAGCGACGGAGAGAGAAACGACAGGGAGACGUCCUGCAGCAGCCAAAGCUAUGAGAGGCAGCUGCUGCGUAACAUUGAGUACAUAGCCAACUGCUACAGGGACCAGAGGGCCACGCAGAAAAGGACUGGGGAGUGGAAGAAGGUGGCCAAAGUUUUAGAUCGCUUCUUCAUGUGGAUUUUUUUCAUAAUGGUGUUUUUCAUGAGCCUGCUCAUCAUGGGAAAAGCCAUCUAACUGCAGAACAUUGGUGUGCUUAUCAUAAAUAUCCUUACAGAGUAGCAGAGGAGCUAUUAAUUUCUAUAUUUCAUCCAGAAACGUAACGAACAUUCAGAUUUCCAAAGCUCGUAGAAACAUCUGGAGGCCGUAUCACGACCUGCCCUCCUCGAAGCCUGACUAUAAUUAAAUAAUUGAUAAACUUCUUAUUUAUUUGUUGUUGACAACUUGCAUUACCUAACUUUCAACCUAAUGUUGUGUCAAGUUUUAAAGCUCAGCCCUGAAAUAGCAAAUUAAAUCAAAAACAUGUUCAACCGAUUCUAUUUCCACAAUUUUAAGCUUUUAUUUGGAAAGUGUUUUUGCUUUAUGAUUAGUUUCUGUACAGCAACAUUUAUUUCUUGAUAUCAGAAGUAAUGGGUCAAAAGAUUAACACAAGCUGGUGACAAAUAAAUGAUAUCCACUGCUGCUUCACGA